AUGAAAGCCGACUCCAUGGACGGCAGCUUGGGCAAUCUUUACAGGAGCAUUGAGGACUUAGAGUAUGUGUACUACAUGAUGCCCCACCACAAGCAGAGCCUCUUGAAGCCCAAAUACCCAACCGGGGUUCAAACAUCACAUUACGGUAGGAAGGUCGCCUACGACCCUUCCGCGAAAUGUCCUCGUUGUGACGCCAUCAUGGACCGAAGAGUGGAUUUCGUUGAAGUGCCAGCCAGGGAGAGUGGUUACGUGAAAGAGCUGGUGAAGUAUGCGGUGAUGGACGAUCUGGUGGUGAAGCCAAUGACUACUGACUCACGCAUCGCCAUGUUGAAGGACAAGGCUGCCAUGAUUGUGGACAAAUUUGUUGAUUUUGGGGUGAACGAGACCUAUCCUGCGAGGGUCUCGACAGCGGAACGAGCGGCUUCGACGACGACGACGGGAACUCCUCCUCACGCAGGUUCUUAUAAUAUCACGACAAGAAGAAUGAGGGUGCCAACAUCUGAAUCAAGUGGCGUAACUCCUAAUGAGGUUGAGUCGGAGCCAACAUGCUAUUGUGGUCUUCAAUCACCAAUUCUUACCGCAAAGACAAGGAAAAGCGCAGGAAGAAGGUUCCAUGGAUGUGCUAAGUUUGAUGGUCCGGGUUGCUGCGAUUUCUUCACGUGGGUUGACCCGAAGAUACCAGAUCAAGCAAGGGACAUGAUAGUCGACCUCCUUGAAAGAAAUCAAGCACUAUGUGAACCAAGCCAAUCGAGGUGUGACGAGGUCGAUGUGAGCUCAUUACUAACUAAAAUGAAGACUCAAAGGGCGAAACAUAAACGUUUAAAGGAGGAGCUCGCACAAGUAAAGAAAGAAAAGAUGCUAUAUCAAUUGGCAUUCGUUCUAUGCAUGUGCUGCAUGACUGCAUUGGUUUUAUGUAAUGUUAAAGUUGGUGGGACUUUUCUAAGUCUUUCAUAG